AUGUCAGUUUGCAGGAAAUUCGGUCGAAAUAAUGGUUACUAUUGGUUCAUCGUUCUUCCCGAAUGUAGCAAAAGCCUUAUUUCCCGGAAUUCACAUAACUCUACAAAUGGUGUUGAAAUGGCUAGAAUGCAACAGCACUAUGCUCUGUUAAAUAAGAAAUGCGAAGAACACAUAACCACAUUCGAUCAAGUUAAUCCGCGGGAUGUAUUUGUAAAUAAUGAAGUAAAGUUGAGCAAAAUUCAAGUGUACGGGUUUGAUUAUGAUUACACAUUGGCUCACUAUACAUCCGCAUUGGACGAAUUUAUUUUCAAUGAAUCUCGUAACUGGCUUGUUGAACAGAUGAAGUAUCCUGAAGAAAUUCUGAACUAUGAUUAUACUGAGUUCGCUAGACGUGGUUUACAUUUUGAUGUAAAACGAGGCUUAUUAAUGAAAGUAGAUGCAUUUCAUCAUAUUCAACUGGAUACUGUUUAUCGUGGAUUUAAACUACUGUCAUUGGAUGAGAUAUUAAAAGUUUAUCGUGGGAGUCAUUUAUCUAGUGAUAUUUUAAAACAAAAAUUUACACCUAAUGACACUAUUAUGAUUCAGUUGAUGGAUCUUUUCCGAUUACCGGAAAUUAAUCUUCUAUGUUCUAUUAUAGAUUUUUUUGAUCGACAUGGAAUAGAUUAUAAGCCUGUUUAUGUUUAUCAGGAUGUUUCUACAGCUGUAGCAAGAGUCCAUAAAUCUGGCCUUCUAGGUCAAACCGUAAUGUCUGAUCCAGAAAGGUAUAUUGCGAAGGCACCAGAACUAUCUACGUUUUUAUAUCGCUUAGUAAAAAAUAAUAAGAAAUUAUUUGUUAUUUCAAACAGUUCAGCUGCUUACAUAGAUAGGGGUUUGAAAUUUUUGGUUGGAAACGACUGGCAAGAAUUAUUUGACGUGAUCAUUUCUAGAGCCAAUAAGCCAUCGUUCUUUAAAUCACCACUCGGGCAAUUUCGACGUACUGAUAUCAGUGGGACUUUCAAACAUUGGGAAGCAGUUCAAACAUUUAAACGAGGUCAAAUAUAUGAAGGAGGUUGUUUAGAACAGAUGAUAAAACUUACAGGUUGGUCUUCAGCUAGUAUAUUAUAUUUUGGAGAUCAUGUCUAUGCUGAUCUUGCAGAUGUAGCCAGUACAUAUGGUUGGAUGACUGGAGCUGUUAUACCGGAACUUGAAAGUGAACUUAUUGCUGCGAAUAAUCAUGAUUUCAAAAUUAAUUUAAAACGUUUAAGAAUGCUAGAAAGAUUAAUUCAGGAAAACCAACAUGUUCAUACAGCUGAAGCACUAUUAUUACUUGAAAAGUGGCUUGAUGAAAGAAAUGCUUUAAGACGUGCUAGUAAAUGUGUAUUUAAUCCACAAUUCGGAAGUAUUUUUCGUUCUUUUCAUAAUCCGUCUUAUUUUUCACAACGUCUUGGACAAUAUGCAACACUGUAUACGUCAAGAGUUACGAAUCUCUUACAUUUUCCACUAGAUCAUGCGUUUUUCCCUAAAAGAACUGCUUUACCACAUGAAUCAUUUUAA